AUGACAGAAGAAGUAAAGCAUGAAAAUAGCAAAAAUGAAGAACCAAAUGUGCUGAAAGAGCGCACAAGAGAAGAAAAAAGAAAGACCGCAUAUAAAGUAGUGAAUGAAACACUAUUAAAGGAGCAUGCGUUUUGGGCAAAUGAGCCAUUGGGGAAGAGAGCCCCUGAUAGUAAUGAAAAGCCAGUAGACAGCAGCAAACAGCUGUUAGAUGCAAGUUCAGAGCUUGAUAUUGAAAUUAGGCAGAUAGACCUGCAGACUGAAAUAUCUUCAGUAUGCGAGCUGUUAAUGGGGCACUACAUAGAAGAUGGAAAGGGGAAGUUCAGCCUUCAAUACUCGCCUGAGUUUAUAAAGUGGCAGCUAGAGUCUCCAUAUGCAUACCCCGAGUGGAAUAUAGGGGUAUUUACGGAGGGCACACUUAUUGGAUUUAUAUCAGCAACAGCAAUAGACAUAAAAAUAAAAGAGAGCACACCAAAGACAGCAGUGGUUAACUUUUUGUGUGUGCACAAGAAGUACAGAAAAAGAAGACUUGCGCCUCUGCUCAUCAAAGAAGUAACAAAAGAGGUGAAUAAAAAGGGGAUAUUCUCUGCGCUAUUCACAUCAGGUGAAAAGCUCCCGUAUAUAUUUACAAGGUCCAGAUACUACCAUAGAAUACUUAGAGAGGGCCCUCUUGUGGAAAGCGGGUUCUGUGACCAAGAGGAUGUCGAAAAUGCAACAGAGGACGAGAUCACACUGCAUGACUCAGAGACUGUUCAGUAUCGGAGGAUAAAAGAGGAAGAGCUGCCUGAGGCAUAUAAGAUGUACUGCAACAAGUACCAGCAGCUAGAUCUGUCUGCAAACUUCACAUAUGAGCAGUUUAAGUACUAUGUGUAUGGGAAGGAGCGGAUUUCAGACAUGCUAAUAAGCCAGGAUGGAAGCGAGUUUGUUUCCAUGUUCUAUCUUGCAACCAAGCCGGCAGAAAAUAAUGCAACCAUACGAACUGCCUAUCUAUCAUAUCACACAAUGCGGCACGGAGUAGGAAGCAUGCAAGGAGUGAUCAGAUACCUGAAAAACAUGGAUGAAUGCGAUGUGUUUAAUGCACUGGAGCUAGAAAGCAACACUGAGGACAUACUAGUGAAGUCAGGGUUCCUGAAGGGCGAUGGAGUUAUUAACUACUAUCUGUUUAACUGGGACACUGAGCUAAUUCCUGCAAGCAGGAAUAGCUUUACACCGUACUAA